AGAUACAUCAAAUUCUUUAAUGCCCUUGUAUCCUUUUAACGACAACAGUCCCAUGAUGUUCAUCAGAUCAUUGGUCUUUUUCCUCUUCUUUUUAAUCUUAUUCACAUCAAAUGCUUCAUCCCUUAAAAAAACAUACGUGAUCCACACUGUCAAAACCAAUACAAAACAGAUCGUAACUUCACUUUUGAAUUCAUUCCAAACAGAGAAUCUUGGCGACGAUGAUUUUUCUCUCCCCGAGGUUCACUAUAUAUACGAAAAUGCCAUGUCCGGUUUCUCGGCGACUCUGACCGACGACCAGCUCGAGAGAGUGAAGAGCACAGAAGGGUUUAUAUCGGCGUAUCCAGACGAGCUCUUAUCUCUACACACAACACACUCUCAUGAAUUUCUUGGACUCGAGUAUGGGAUCGGACUUUGGAACGAGACGAGUGUAGCUUCGGACGUUAUAAUUGGCCUAGUGGACACAGGAAUAUCGCCGGAGCAUGUGAGCUUCCGAGACACGCACAUGCCUCCGGUCCCGUCAAGAUGGAGAGGCUCGUGCGAUGAAGGCACAAACUUCUCUUCUUCGUCGUGUAACAAGAAGAUUAUUGGAGCUGCCGCGUAUUACAAAGGCUACGAAUCCAUCGUAGGAAAAAUCAACGAAACCACUGAUUUCAGGUCGGCACGAGACGCACAAGGACACGGGACGCAUACAGCAUCGACGGCAGCGGGAGGCAUGGUCCGGAAAGCAAGUUUUUACGGGCAAGCGAGAGGCGCAUUCGCAUCCGGGAUGAGGUUUAGUUCGAGGAUCGCUGCUUACAAAGCUUGUUGGACCUUAGGAUGCGCCAACACCGAUGUAUUGGCAGCCGUGGACCGAGCCAUCCGAGACGGUGUGGAUGUGAUCUCUCUCUCGCUUGGUGGUUCUUCUCGCCCCUUUUACGUCGACCCGGUCGCCAUCGCUGGGUUUGGAGCGAUGCAGAAGAACAUUUUCGUCUCUUGCUCCGCGGGUAACUCGGGUCCUUCUAGAUCCACAUUGAGUAAUGGAGCUCCCUGGGUGAUGACCGUUGCUGCUAGUUACACCGACAGGACGUUCCCGGCGAUCGUCCGGAUCGGCACCGGUAAAAGGUUGGUUGGAUCGUCCUUGCACAAAGGGAAAACCCUCAAGAACCUGUCUCUAGUGUUCAACACAACGGCCGGAUCACCAGGAGGCGGAGCCGCGUUCUGCGUUGGGAACUCGCUCAAGAGAGAACUCGUCGAGGGUAAGAUCGUCAUUUGCUUGAGAGGAGCCGGCGGCAGAACGGCCAAGGGAGAAGAGGUCAAACGGAACGGCGGAGUUGCGAUGCUUCUUGUGAGCAGAGAGACCGAAGGAGAGGAGCUUCUAGCUGAUCCUCACGUUUUACCGGCGGUUUCCAUCGGCUUUUCCGACGGAAAAAUCUUGCUCCAGUAUCUCGCCGGUGGACCCAACGCCACCGUCGCAUCUAUUCGAUUCAGAGGAACCACUUACGGUGCAACCGCCCCGAUCGUCGCCGCGUUCUCAUCCAGGGGACCUAGCGUCGCCGGACCGGAAAUCGUUAAACCGGACAUUACGGCUCCCGGAUUGAACAUCCUAGCCGGUUGGUCGCCGUUCUCGAGCCCUAGCCUCCUCAGCUCCGACCCGAGACGCGUCAAAUUCAAUAUUCUCUCUGGGACAUCCAUGGCUUGUCCGCACGUCAGCGGGAUCGCCGCUCUGAUCAAAUCCGUUCACGCUGAUUGGUCACCGGCGAUGAUCAGAUCGGCGCUCAUGACGACAGCGAGUACCAGCGACAACAGGAACCAGCCGAUCGGAGAUAUGGGCGCGAGAGACAGAUCGGCGGCUACAGCGUUUGAGUUUGGAGCGGGACACGUGGAUCCAACGCGAGCGGCAGAUCCGGGGCUGGUAUACGACCUGUCAACCGUCGAUUACCUUAACUACUUGUGCAACUUAAAUUACACGAGAGAGAGAAUACUCUUGUUCUCCGGCACCGAUUACACGUGUCCAGCUGCAACUAGUCCCGGUGAUUUGAACUACCCGUCGUUCGCGGUGAACGUCGUGAAAGGCGCGAGGUUGAGAUAUAAGAGGACUGUGACGAACGUUGGGUCACGGGCUUGUGAGUAUAUCGCUCACAUUGAGGAACCAAAAGGUGUCAAGGUGAGGGUGGAGCCCAAAGUUCUAAAGUUCGACAAGGUUCGGGAGAAGUUGAGUUAUACGGUGUCGUUUGUUGCAGAAGCUUCCACAAAUUCAUCUUCUACUUCCUCCUUUGGAGCUUUGGUUUGGAUAUGUGACCAGUAUAAGGUCAGAAGCCCAAUCGCGUUGACCUGGGUCUAGUGAACUUUCGCCCCCAUAUAUUUACUAUACCAAAGAAACAUACAAAUUAUAUGAAACUCUUUCUCUGAUUUCUAGAAACUUGAUGAACAAAAGCUUACCGUGACUUUGUAAGAUUUCGAAAACAAAUAAAUGUCAAUACACAGUAUGUGUGAAAUGUGAAUUUGUUCGAAUUAACUUUGAAUGCAGACAUCUAUAUCU